AAGAGAGGAGCCGGUACUCGUCCGCCUUUCUUCGGCUUGGCGGGGCCCGCGGCUGAACUGCCUCACGAAAUGCCCAGGCGCCUGUCGACGCCCGCCAAAGCCGGGCCCGUUUUGAACGACGCCGGAUGGAUGGAAGGGACUGCCAGGAGUGUAGAUAAGAACAUUUACAUUGUACAAGGAGAAAUCAAUACAGUAAUAGGAGCCAUAAAACGCAGUGCAAGAUGGAGCACUCACGUACAUUUGGAUGAAGAGCGCGAUCCCUUAUUGCACAGCUUCAGUGUUUUGAAAGACGUUUUGAACAAUGUAACUGAACUUUCAGCCAUUGAAGCUAUUGUUUUUCUUCGACCUUUUCUGGAAGUUAUUCGAUCAGAAGAUACUACAGGCCCGAUUACUGGACUGGCUCUGACAUCAGUAAACAAAUUCCUUUCAUAUGGACUAAUAGAUUCGAAUCAUGAGGGCACAGCUGAGGGAAUGGAAAACGUGGCAGAUGCUGUAACACAUGCCCGAUUUGUGGGCACAGAUCCUGCAAGUGAUGAGGUUGUCUUGAUGAAGAUCUUGCAGGUCUUGAGGACUCUCCUCCUCGCUCCGGUUGGAGCUCAUCUCACAAAUGAAUCCGUGUGUGAAAUCAUGCAGUCUUGCUUCCGUAUAUGCUUUGAGAUGAGGCUUAGUGAGUUAUUGAGAAAAUCUGCAGAGCAUACUCUGGUCGACAUGGUACAGCUGCUCUUCACAAGAUCAUCUCAGUUUAAAGAGGAGCCUAAGAGCUACGUAGGGACCAACAUAAGAAAGUUGAAAAUGAGAGCAGGAGGGAUGAGUGACUCAUCAAAAUGGAAGAAGCAGAAACGAUCACCAAGGAACUCUUGUCACGUAACGAAGGUACCUCAAGGAAUAGAACAGUCAACUGUCAAUGGCACAGGUGAGGACAAUGUCACUGAUGUACCUUCUCCAAUUUCAUCUGGAAAUUCAGAAAAUGUGUCUUCUGCAGUUAGUCCUGUCACUGAUAGUGGUGUAGAGUUGUCUCCCCCAAUUCGCUCGAAGGAUGAUCUUACAGAUUUACAACUUGUCAAAUCUUUGGGAAUCAGUACAACAAUGCCCUUAACUGAGCUUAGAGCCAGAGAGCAGUUAGAACUACAGAACGAAUAUCAUCAGAGGGAAAAGACUCCAUCUGCCUCCGUCGAAUCCAUCCCAGAGGUUCUUGAAGAGUGCACCUCUGUAACUGAACACUCAGAUUCCGUUUCAAUUCAUGACAUGGACUACGUAAACCCUCGCGGAGUACGAUUUACUCAGUGUUCUCAAAAAGAGGGAACAACAUUAGUCCCUUACGGAUUGCCCUGUAUUCGUGAACUGCUGCGUUUCCUCAUCUCCCUCACUAAUCCACACGACCGACACAAUUCUGAGGUGAUGAUACACAUGGGUCUACAGCUACUCACAGUUGCUCUUGAAUUGACGUGUGUGGCAAACUGCCCAUCUCUCUUAGAACUUGUAAAAGAAGAAUUAUGUCGGUAUCUCUUUCAAUUAUUGAACAUGGAGCGGCUCAAUUUAUAUGCAGCUUCCCUGAGGGUUUGUUUCCUUUUAUUUGAGAAAAUGAGAGAGCAUCUGAAAUUCCAACUGGAGAUGUAUAUCAAGAAACUGAUGGAGAUCAUCACAGUGGAAAGCCCCAAGAUGAUUUAUGAAAUGAAGGAGAUGGCCCUGGAGGCUAUAGUUCAGCUAUGGAGGAUUCCUAGCUUUGUAACUGAACUCUACAUUAACUAUGAUUGUGACUACUACUGUGCUAACCUUUUUGAAGACCUCAGCAAGCUGCUAUCCAAGAAUGCUUUUCCCGUUUCUGGACAACUGUACACUACUCAUUUGCUGUCACUUGAAGCAUUGUUGACGGUGACUGAUCAGAUUGAAGCACGAUGCCAAGCCAAAGUACUCAGGGGCAUAUAUCAGCAAGAGAAAGAAAUACUAAAACCAAACACAGAAAUUGUCAAUAACAUCAGAGAAGCAAUUUCUGAAGAACUGCAAACAAAACUUAAAUCAUCCAGUGCAGAAUUACCGGAGACGUGUCCAUCGAGUAAUGACUGCUUGGUGACCUCCUACUUGAAACAGCAAGACUGCGUGAAUUCAGACAUGGAAAAAGAUACAGCAGAAAAGGUCGUCCCGAGAAAGCCUACUCGAUUUUCCUGCUUCCUGCCUACAACACAAGAACUGAUCAUGAUUAAGAAUAAAAAAAAGCUCUUGAUAAGUGGCUCAGAGCAGUUCAAUCAAAAGCCCAAAAAAGGAAUACAGCUUCUUCAGGAGAAAAAUCUCUUGUCUAUCCCAAUGGACAACAAUCAAGUGGCUAAGUGGCUGAGAGAAAAUCCGAGACUGGACAAGAAAAUGAUUGGGGAAUUUGUGAGCGAUCGAAAAAAUGUCGAUUUGCUGGAUAGUUUUGUCAAACUAGACAUAGCUAGUUCUCGCAAACGUUCUUCAUAUGUUGGGCUGUUGUUACAUUAUAUUAGAUCUGCUUUCCAUUCAUUCUCAUUCUCUUUUCAGAAAUCAAAUGGGAGUCCAUUUGCUAAUGGUGAUGCCUGUUUUGCUCUAGCCUAUGCAAUUAUCAUGCUGAACACUGACCAGCACAAUCAUAAUGUUCGCAAGCAGAAUGUGCCUAUGACAUUAGAGGAAUUCCGGAAGAAUCUGAAAGGAGUAAAUGGGGGCAAAGAUUUUGACCAAGACAUGUUAGAAGAUAUGUAUUAUGCUAUCAAAAAUGAAGAGGUUGUGAUGCCCGAUGAGCAGACAGGCUUAGUAAAAGAAAACUAUGUAUGGAGUGUGUUGUUGCACCGUGGAGCCACUGAAGAAGGAGUCUUUCUGCAUAUUCCACCUGGCAGCUACGAUCACGACCUCUUUGCCAUGACCUGGGGACCUACUGUUGCAGCUCUUUCCUACGUUUUUGACAAAAGCUUAGAUGAAGCAGUAAUCCAGAAGACUAUUUCUGGUUUCAGAAAAUGUGCCAUGAUCUCUGCUCAUUACGGCCUCAGUGAUGUUUUUGACAACCUCAUCAUUUCUCUCUGUAAAUUCACAGCCCUCAGCAGUGAGUCAAUUGAGAAUUUGCCAACAGUUUUUGGAAGCAAUCCAAAAGCCCACAUUGCAGCGAAGACUGUGUUCCACUUGGCUCAUCGACAUGGCGAUAUUUUACGAGAGGGCUGGAAAAACAUAAUGGAGGCAAUGUUGCAACUUUUCAGAGCAGAAUUAUUGCCAAAAACCAUGGUGGAGGUUGAAGAUUUUGUAGAUCCCAAUGGCAAGAUCUCUCUUCAGCGAGAGGAAACCCCUUCUAAUCGGGGAGAGUCUACAGUGCUCAUCUUUGUUAACUGGCUGACACUCAGUGGCACAGAACAGUCUGGUAUGAGAGGACCAUCCACAGAGAAUCAGGAAGCAAAGAGAAUGGCCCUGGAAUGUAUAAAGCAAUGUGAUCCAGAGAAGUUAAUCACUGAGAGCAAGUUUCUGCAACUUGAGUCCCUGCAGGAAUUAAUGAAGGCUCUCAUAUCUGUGUCUCCCGAUGAGGAAACGUAUGAUGAAGAAGACUGUGCUUUCUGUUUGGAGAUGCUUCUGAGAAUUGUGCUGGAAAAUAGGGAUCGUGUGACUUUCGUUUGGCAGGCAAUGCGAGAUCAUCUUUACCAUUUAUGUGUUAAUGCUAUGGAAUACUGUUGUCUAGUGGAAAGAGCAGUAGUGGGACUGUUGAGACUGGCCAUCCGACUUCUGCGCAGAGAAGAAAUAAGUGCCCAGGUGUUGCUCUCCUUGCGAAUCCUGCUCAUGAUGAAACCCAGCAUGUUAAACAAGGCAAGUCAUCAGAUUGCAUAUGGCCUCCAUGAGCUUCUCAAGACUAAUGCGGCCAAUAUUCACUCUGGAGAAGACUGGUACACGCUCUUCACUCUCUUGGAAUGCAUUGGUUCUGGGGUGAAACCACCCCCAACGCUGCAGCCUAUAAGAACAGAGAAUGAUACAGGAGCUCAGUCAGACAGUGAGAUCUAUCAUCCAAAUGAAGCCAGCCUAGAUCGUGGCUACACUUCUGAUUCAGAGGUAUAUGCAGAUCAUAGCAAGCAAGGUAAAUUGCAUCGCUCUGUCACUGAUGUAGACGUCGUGAACAGCGGCUGGCUAGUGGUUGGGAAAGAUGACAUUGAUAAUACAGCCAUGGCUGGACUUUCCAGACUGGGCAAUUCUCCUCUGGUGAAUCAGUAUAGUCUGACUGUGGGAACUGACCUGGGUCCUCAUAAUACCAAAUCUCUCAUGAAGUGUGUUGAGUCCUUAUCUUUUAUUGUGCGAGAUGCAGCUCAUGUAACCCCUGAGAACUUUGAACUGUGCGUCAAGACAAUCCGUAUUUUUGUGGAAGCCAGCCUGAAUGGAGGAUGUAAAUCCCAGGAGAAAAGAGGGAAAAAUCAUAAAUAUGACUCCAAAUCAACACGGUUUAAGAAGAAAGCAAAGGAGAACUCUCUGAGACACUUUAAAACCUCCAGCCAGCAUCAGCACCGUUCCACCAGUGAAGAUGAGGAUGAGGAUGAGAGUGUCCCUGCCAGCUAUCACACUGUAUCUUUACAGCUAUUGGAUCUAAUGCACACCCUUCAUACACGAGCUGCUACCAUCUACAAUUCUUGGGCAGAAGAGCAGCACCAUCUGAAAAUUUCGGAGAAGAAAAUAGAAGCAAAUUCUCGAGCCUUAUGGAUCAAUUGUUGGUGCCCACUGUUGCAAGGCAUUGCAUGCUUGUGUUAUGACGCAAGACGGCAAGUGCGGAUGCAAGCACUGACCUACCUGCAGCGGGCUCUUCUCGUGCAUGAUUUACAAGCUCUUGAUGCUUUGGAGUGGGAAUCCUGUUUCAAUAAGGUUCUGUUUCCUUUGUUGACCAAACUUCUGCAAAAUAUUAGCCCAGCAGAUAUUGGAGGAAUGGAGGAGACUAGAAUGAGAGCUUCAACUCUACUCUCCAAGGUCUUCUUGCAACAUUUGUCCCCACUCCUCUCUCUCCCGACAUUUGCUGCUUUAUGGCUGACAAUAUUGGAUUUUAUGGACAAAUACAUGCACGCUGGCUCCAGUGACUUGUUGCUAGAAGCCAUCCCUGAAUCACUGAAGAAUAUGCUGCUAGUAAUGGACACAGCUGGGAUAUUCCAUAAUGCUGAUUCACGAACAGGCUACUCAGAUCUAUGGGAAAUCACCUGGGAGCGCAUAGACUGCUUUUUGCCAAAACUACGAGAUGAGCUCUUCAAACAGACAGUCAUCCAAGAUCCAGUUUCUACCUUACCAGUAGAAGUACACCCUCCAAAACCAUCACCCUCUGCUCAGAGACAUUCUUCUGGAGAGGAUUCCAGACCACCUACUCAUUCAGCAUCCUCUGAGAAGACUCCAGAACUGGCAGCCAGUGAUUCUGAGAAUCCCUGCAUUUCCAGUCACUUUGGAUCACAUUUUGCCUCUCUAGCAGCACCCGGGAAGAUGAACCUGGCUACAGAUAUUCCUCCGGCAGUGGCCCAGCAGCCUCUUAUUCUUCAGCCACUAUCUUCCACCUUACAGGUGGGAGUGCCACCUUUGUCUCUGCCUAUAAUUCUGAACCCAGCUCUCAUAGAGGCAACCUCCCCCGUACCCCUUUUGGCUACCCAGCAGUCUACCGACUCCAUCGCAAUUUCUGAAAUAAAUUAAAGGAAAACGGGAGAUGACUAAAGGAACGAUGGAUUCUGAACAUGCUACGUCCAGUUGAAGUUAUGAUCGCUCUAGAGAAGGCCCUACGCGGAAGGGUAGCAUCCCAAAGUAAAUAUCCUAAGUUGACAAUCUCCGCAGGUAGUUUAGUUGCAGGGACUGGCAGCUCCUUCUUGCUUUAAAGUUAACAUUUUCAGUAGAGGCCUGCUUUGAUUCCUUUCAGAAUGGAGCAAGGAGGCCAGAUACGGUAAGAAUCAAGCAAAGAAAUGUCCAAUGUCUGUAUCAGUACUUUUGCUUCACGGUCGGCAUUCCUGGCAUAAGUUUAUUUUGGAACCGUUCUUUCACUCUUAAAUCUUCGGUGAUUUAGGCUUGUCGUUUUUUGCCAGAGUAAACUUGAGUUUUCUGAGAGGACGAGAAGAGUCGCUGGACAAUAUUUGAAACUGGAAAAGCUGCAUCUAAAAUAAAAGAAAGAAAAUGAUAAUAAUCAGAUUGCUGUGUAAGCUUCAUUAGGGUUAGUAUUUUAAAAUUGCUGAGUGCCUCGCGGGCAUUCCAACCUAGUGUUUGCUACUUCCCAUCAAAAGGUACCGACGUGAAGUGAAGACCUUCUGCAGUAGGCAAAAAAAUAGCCUCUCCUACGCGUCCUUCAGCAAUGGACUGCAGAAUGUUUUCCCCUAUCUUUUUUGCAGUCUUUCACUUAGCAGAGGCCAUUUCUUUCCUAUAUGAGCCCAGAAAUAAAAUGUGUUUCGACUAGGGCUUCCUCCUUACCUGCCAGGCUAAAAUUCUCUAUAUCCACUGCAGAAUCCCACUGGGAACUGAAGCCAGUGCCUACAAUGGGUGAUCAUGUGUGAGUGUGCAUGUGGAUUUGGGUGUGUGUGUGUGUGUGUGUAUGUGAGUAUGUACGUAUGUGUGUGUAUAUAUGGAGUAAAUUGACUUGUUAUGAUGGAAUAAAAACCGCCUGUAAAUGAAAUACGGCUUAGAUGUUUAUUUUAUUACAUGUCAAAUAUGUUGCCUUUUUAUUCUAGAUUGCUUUGGAAAAUGAGAGAUUAUCACUAUUGGCCUAGUAUGAAGAAUCAGCCUUUUUGAAACAAGAGAGUAA